GCUACGGAUUCUGUCGCGAGUCAUCGUCUCCAAGCGUGUUUCUAUUACGUCAUAAGUUAAGUGUUUGUGAUGUUGACAAUAAAUGAUGAGGACCGUAUCGAAGUGAGUGAUAGAAUGAACGGCACCUCGAACGUGGCGAUUUUGGACGAGCGGGCCAUCGCGGCUGCGAUGCCCGCCCCCAACGUCGCGAACCUGAAUGUAACCAAGUCAUCCAAAGUUCACAUCGGGCCAAAGUUCGUCUCUGUCACCCAGAACGUGCAAAAUGCAGAAAUGAUUAAAGGCCGAUUUCUGGGCCUUGAAUUGGUGUCGUCAAAACGAGCGCGCAGGUUAAGAUGCUGUGUGGUGGUCUUUAUUAGUUGGGCUUUGAUUGUCACCAUAGGUCUUAUGAUUUAUAUCAUAUACGUAACCCAGCCUACCCAGAUGCGGCUAGACAUAGGUUUAAACGAGACCUGGUAUUUACGUCGGGUCGAUUGGGAUGCGAUGCCCUCGCGUCACGAUGACUAUCUCAACUUACCAGUCGAAAACGUGAUCAUUGGACAUUCCGCCGCUAACUAUUGUAUUCAAAGAAAUAUCUGCAUAGACCAGAUGAGAAUAAUUCAGCAGUAUCACUUCAGGAGUAAUUGGAACGAUAUUGGACCUAAUUUCCUCGUCGCUGGUAAUGGGGAUAUUUUCGAAGGCAGGGGUGCCAAUAUACUCGGAACAAUGAUCAGAGGUAUGAACGGUAGAAGUAUAUCGAUCAUGUUUAUAGGAAAUUACGUAGUAAAUCAAACCGAUCCACUGCAAUUUGAGCAUACCCAAAUCUUGGUAGACAGGUUGGUGGAAAUAGGUGUUUUACGACCUGACUACGUUCUUCGAGGACAGUGUCAAAUCGAAGAAUUAACUAUACCUCCUGGACCGAAUGUAAUGAAUAAAAUGAGCUUCUUUCCUCAUUGGGAUCCUAAAGGUCUAAAUGCUUGUAUGCCGGGGUGACGAAACUGGCAUACAAAUUCGUAAAUUUUGAUAAAUUUUGAUUAUUUCACAAUGGAUUCAUUGAAUUAGGGAUGUUAUGAAUUUGAAAUUUCGGAUAUUGAUGUAGAUAUAUAUAUAAAUAUGGAUAACGAUAUAUGAAUAAUAUUGUAUCUGUUUCGGACAUGUUUACGGGUUUUAAAUUAGUUCGGAUUAUCCAUUAGUUUCGGUUACUUUGGUAUGUAAGAAGGAGAUCUACAAGAGUUUUAAUGAAUUACUAAAUAUAGUAAAAUGUUACUUUAUUGAAAUUGUACAAAAGGGCCUUUUGUGCAAUUCAAUAAAAUAAAAUUCAAUGAAGUGUAAUUAAUUUUGAGUCAUGAAUACAAAAUAAAAAUAGUACAAACAUCGCGAACGGCUUGUGUACGAGUACACCUAAUAUAUAUUAAGUAGACUAUCCCAAACUGUCCGAAACAUUUAUAUCGGAUUCGCUUACGGUUACGGAGUUCCAUAACAUCCCUAAAUUGACAUUAAAUCAUAAACUUUAAUUACAUUUAUUUAUUGUAUUUAGUAAAUUACUAAUAAUACCUAUAUAUCGUUACUUUGUAUUUAGGUCACGAGAUAUGAUGCAAAAAUAAUAAUGUUUUAAAAAUAAUAAAUUAAAUAUUAA